ACCCCCGAAGUUUGUUUAUUUUUGCAAGCAAUCUGGCAUUAUUUAAGUAGUAUUUAGUGAAAGUCUUCAUUUAUUAUUGCUUUCAGUUAAAUGCACAAGAUGAAAACAACCGGCGAUGCUCUUUCACGAUUGCGCGUGUUGAUGAGUGGAUCGUCUUUGACCGAACCUUUAGUUGCUUAUAUUAUUCCAUCAGAUGAUGCUCACCAGAGUGAAUAUUUAGCUGCACGUGACAGACGACGUCAUUUCAUCACAGGAUUUACAGGUUCUGCUGGAACUGCUGUUGUAACUCAAAGUGAAGCACUUCUUUGGACUGAUGGUCGAUAUUAUCAACAAGCUUCUCAACAACUCGACACAAACUGGACGUUAAUGAAAGAUGGCCUUCCAGAAACACCAACAAUGGUUCAAUGGCUUCAGAAGAAUUGUAAAUCAGGAGAUCGAAUUGGUGUCGAUGCAAAUUUAAUGUCAACUCGUACAUGGAAUUCAUUAGCUAAUGCUUUUGAAAACGAAGGUUGCAUCAUGACAGCUGUAAAGAAGAAUUUAAUUGAUGAAGUUUGGGAUGAUCAACCAGCGCAACCUAAUAAUUCAGUGUUUCCUUUAGAUGUUGAAUUUACUGGCAAAUUAGUAGAACAAAAGUUAAUUGAAGUGCGUGAAAAGAUGAGUGAACAAGAAGCCAAAGUUAUGGUGGUUACAGCAUUAGAUGAGAUUGCAUAUUUAUUAAAUCUUCGUGGUUCAGAUAUAAAUGCAAAUCCAGUUUUCUUUUCGUACGUCAUCGUCACCGACAAAGAAGUUUAUUUCUUCAUUGAUCCCUCAAGAGUUACAAAUGAAAUUCGUUCGCAUUUCUCAGCUAAUAAGGUUGAAAUCAUAUUUAAGAAUUACGAUGAAGUGUUCACAGUUUUUGAAGAGUUAGCUAAGGAAAGUGAUGGAAAAGUGUGGGUGAGUUUAGGAUCAAGUCAAGCAUUGACUGAACUGGUUCCAAAGCAAAAAAGAAUUCAAGACAUUACACCAAUUGCUGUCAUGAAAGCAAUUAAGAAUGAUGUUGAAGUAGAUGGAAUGAGAAACUCUCAUAUAAGAGAUGGCGUAGCUUUGGUGCAAUAUUUUGCUUGGCUUGAAAAUGAAAUUCUUAAUAAACGAACUGUGACUGAAAUUUCCGGUGCUGAUAAGCUUGAAGAGUUCCGAUCGAAACAAAGGCAUUUUAAAGGAGUUAGCUUUGGAACAAUCAAUGGAAGUGGACCAAAUGGAAGCAUAAUUCACUAUGGUGCUACGAAUGAAACCAAUCGUGAAAUCACCGACCGUGAAAUGUAUUUGUGUGAUAGCGGCGGUCAAUAUUUAGAUGGAACAACUGACGUUACUCGAACGUGGCAUUUUGGUGCACCAAGUGAUUAUGAGAGAGAAUGCUUCACUCGAGUUUUCAAAGGUCAAUGGCAAAUGGGUUCACUUGUCUUUCCAAACAAAGUUAAAGGACGAGCACUUGAUUCUUUAGCAAGAAAAUUCCUUUGGGAUUAUGGCUUAGAUUAUGGACAUGGAACGGGUCAUGGUAUUGGAUCGUUCUUGAAUGUUCAUGAAGGUCCCAUGGGUAUUGGAACUCGUGAUUAUCCAGAUGACCCUGGCCUACAAGUCAACAUGUUUUUAUCGAAUGAACCUGGAUAUUACGAAGAAGGACAAUUUGGCAUUCGUAUUGAAGACAUCGUACAAAUUGUGAAAGCAAAUGUGCCAAAAGAUUUCGCUGGGCGUGGUGCAUUAACUUUCUACACGGUCACUCUGUGUCCCAUUUCAACGAAACUAAUAAAAGUCGAGAUGUUGACUGAAGCAGAACGUCAAGGUUUAAAUGCUUAUCAUAAGCGAGUCUAUGACACCCUAAAGCCGUUAAUUGAUCCAACUGAUGAGCUCACACUUAAUUGGUUGCAAAAGGAAACAAAUCCAAUCUGAAGAAAUUCUUGUCAUUAAUUAUUUCUUUUCUGUUCAAUAAAAUUGAUCACAAAUUGUGAUAAAACAAAAUUCUUUAUUUAUUAAUUUAUUUAUUACGCAUUAAUCUCAUCGAUAAAUUGAAAGUC